AUGGCGGGAAUUCGGCAAUUCGAACUAGGAGAGGGAUUGGAUGCGUCUGGUGUCACUACCGAAAUUCUUACCUGCAACUGUUCCAUGGAACUAGUUUUAGAUAACAAGUCUAAGGUCUUUGGCCUCUACAUUCACUCUCCAGUCAUGGCAAUGUCCUUUGGACAUCUCCCUUUCGCAAUUUCAACUGGUCCAGAACUAUAUGCAGGCAGUGAUACUUCAACAUCGUUCCAAUUAUCCGUGGGAACGAGGAAUAAGCCGAUGUAUGGUGCAGGGAGAAGCAUGCAGGACUUGCUCGAAUCGGGGAAGGGAUUGCCGUUGGUCAUCCAUGUGAGCCUGAGGUCGCGUUUUCGUAUGGUGUGGAAACUCAUUAAUCCAAAGUUCGAGCACCAAGCUCAGUGUUUCUUAGUCCUCAGCCAUGCAUAUGACAAGAAACACAGAACUCAAGCAUAUAAUAGCAGUUGUAUUGUAACUUCUUGAUUCUUGACAGUUCAUAUUGUGUGAAAAGAGAAGAUAUGAACUUACUAAAUGUUAGUAAUAUAUCAACAUUGUUUGGAGAUCAAGAGAGAAAUGAAGCAAAAAUCUAUAAUAAUAUCGUUUCAGAAAAUUCUAAAUAA